AUGAGACUAGAAGACGAGGUGCUCGCUAUCAAUGAUAAGGUAGUUUUGAGGGCGGAGGAGCUCCUCAGCUGGGUGUGCAGCGGCGCGGGCUGGAGGUGGGGGCUGCGGGCCGUGUGGCGAGGAGCCUGCGCGCCGCCAGCGGAGCCCCGGCACUCCGCCCCCUUACAUCACACCAAACUGGACUUCAGUGAUGUGGAGAGAGAGAAGAGUUCCAUUACGGUGGACGUGGAUGAGCCGGGAGUGGUAGUGUUUUCGUAUCCUCGCUACUGCCGGUACAGAGCCCUGGUCGCUCGUCUGGAAGGUAUCCAGGCCGCGUGGCUGAGAGACUCGCUGGUGGCCGCGCUUGGAGGAUAUUCCGCGCCGACCAGAAACACUAGGAUAUUAUACUGUAAGGACACAUUCGAGUACCCUGAACUGGAAGGUCAUGAGUUCGUCUGUAACCACCUAGCUCCUAAACUGAAAGGUCGUCCGCGGGGAAGGCGGAGGAGAGCGGCGAGGUCGCGCGACCGGUCACCCGACCAGUCGCCAGACUCACGCUCCAGUGAUAGUGACGCUGUGGAGACCAGGACUCCUCGCAGGAUAUCCCUCCGGAACGGUCCGGAGAAGAUCAGCGAGGACGAGGAGUCGGAGAAGGACGAGCAGUUCAUGAAACAGCUGAAGGAGUUCCUCAAGGAGAAGCACGAAACGGUGAAGGUCCCGCAUAGCUAUAAGAAUGUGUCUCUCCGGUCGCUGUACUCGUGGGUGUGGUCGUCCGGCGGGUUCUCUGCGGCGUGUCGCGUGGGCGCGUGGCGGGAACGAUACCGGGAGAACGCGCCCGCACUACGACGGAUAUAUGAGAGAUAUCUGCUCCAAUACGAGAACCACGAGCGGUGGAACGGAAGGAAGUAUCCCAAGAUGAACGGCGUCAUAGACACCGCGAAGACUAUAGACACCAUAGACGUGACGGACUCACCCGCGCGAGACACCCCCGGACACACGGAACUACCCGCCAAGACACUCCGCACACCCUCACCGGAAAACCUAGUAUUAGACAACGAAACCGGAGAAAUUACUAAAGAACUUAAUAUCACCAAUAAACCUGCAGAAGAAUUGAACAGAGAGUUCCUAGACUCUCUGCCCAAAGAAGAGAAACCGGCGAAAAUAUACGUGAAACCGGUCGAGAAGUUGAUAGAACCGGGCCUACAGAAUAAAAUGGGCCUCGACAAAGACGGCGUCAGUUUCUAUAAUGAACUAGCGCAGAAAUUGAACUUAGGUAAUUCCGACACUCGUUUCCUCCAACAAUUAUCAACUCCCGACAGUCUCACGAGCCUCUCCUCGUUAGGAGAUAAAUACACCAACGGACACACAAACAACGACCAGAAGCCACGUAGUUCUCUCCGCGCUGUUCGCGUGAAGACUACACGAGCACCCCCCACCGCUCCCACCACCUCCAACCCUCUCUCCGCGGAGAGUUCGUCCCCGCCCUCCGUCACCAACGUGGUCAAUAACUUCGGCAUCCAUCAUCCGCCCACGCCCACCGCCCACGACGAUGAUAUAGUAGAGGUUCCCUACAAGCCUAAAAGUCCGGAGAUCAUCGACCUGGACGAGUACCCGGAGAGUCCGAAAGACGUGCGGAACAAUAAGAUGGACAAACUGGAUAUACUGAAGGAGCGGGGGCUGGAGGUGACGCCGGUGCCCGCCUGGCCCGCCCCCCUCCUGCUGGCGCCCCCUGCGCCGCCGCUAGUCCCCCCCGCGCCUCUGUUCCACAUGUACAGCCUCAUUCCCCCUCUACCCGCGCCGCCCGCGCCCAAGGUCAUCCAGGCGUCCUCAGCCUUCGGUUCCUGCGGCCCGGAGAAGACGGUAUACGGGAACCCCAAGGACCCCUUCAUGCCUCCGCCCCACGUGCUCAUGGGCACCCCAGUGAGGCCGGCCCGGAGCGUGCACACCCCGCCCGUAGCGGACCCGCUGGACCUCACCUGUAAGACACACACAAACACACACAGGCCCUACACCAUGAUAGACGGGAAGGCGGUCGUAGGUUCGAACUUGGAGAUCACGCUCGUCAAUAAGGCCCACACGCCGCCGAGGAGGCCGCAGAAGAGAUCCUCUAAUGGGAAGUUCGUGUCAUCGAAGACUCCGCCACAAGAGGCCCACAAGGCCUCCCCGGGCCGGCCGGACCCAAUAGAACCUUAUAGUCUACUGCUCCGCGCGCCGGGCCUGGACCCGCGCCAGCUGGCCCUCUACCGGGACCUGGUGGCCGGGGGCCUGAGGUACCCGGGCCUGCUCAGCACGCCCACCACCAAGAACUAG